GGAAUGGAAGGAGGUGAUUAUUUGGAUGUCGUUUUGAUCCCAGUGAGUGUGUUCCUUGUAGCAGCUUACCAUGGCUAUCUCUGUCACUACAUCAAGAACAAACCCUCCACAACUGCUUAUGGAAUCAAGAGGCAAAGAAGAUCCGCUUGGUUCCUCCACUUAAAUCAGGGAGGUAAAGAGAAGGCAAUGCUAGUAGUACAAAGCCUGAGAAACACUCUUAUGACCACGAUCCUCACAGCGACCAUAACCGUUCUCAGCAACUUCGCUUUCGCCGCCGUGACAAGUGCCACCUACACCGCCAGCCACGGCCACAACCACCACCACCUCUUCACCGGCACACUGCUGGGCUCAAAAUCAGACAAAAUCUACGCCUUUAAGUACGCCUCCGCAUCUUUCUGCGUGCUGAUUAGCUUCGUCUGCAGUUCCAUGGCCAUAGGGUUUCUCAUUGACGCGAAUUUCUUGAUGAAUGCCUCCGGCAAUCUCUUGCCUGAAAACCACGCAGAGACGGUGUUAGAGAGAGGAUUCGCUUUGGGUCUUAUUGCGAACAGAGUUUUGUGUUUUAGUGUGCCUUUGUUGCUGUGGAUGUUUGGUCCUAUUGCUCUCGCGUUGUCCUCUUUGGCUCUGAUUUGUGUGUUCCAUCAGCAAGAUUUUGUCCCCAAAUUUCCCUGUAAAAAUACCCAUAAGCAGUAUUGCAUCACUUCAAAAUAGAAUAAAUACUAGAUACUAGAUGCUACACUUGCCAAUAACAUAACUUCUUGUGAAUUUUAUGUUACACAUCAGUGUGUAUGUCUGUGUGUGUGUAUUGAUUCAUUGUAUCUAUUUAUAGAAUUUAGUACAACAUCUCCUGCCGUGUAAUUGAUUCUUUUAUUAAAGAUCAUUUUAUUAUAGAA